CCCGCCUCCUCCCCGCCUCCUCCGGCCCGGCGGGGCCGACGAGUCCUGAGGGGCUGCUGCGGGAGGAUGUUUCCAGUGAAGUCUUCCACACCCACUUAAUCCACGCUGAUCUCUCCCUCUUCUCAUCAAGACCCAUGGAUUAACACCCCCAGGUUUUCCUCCAUGACGAAUAAACAUUCCUUUCCCUUCCUGAGGAACAUCUGUGGAAACCUUGGUCAUGGCAUCCAUAUCAGAGCCUGUUACAUUCAAAGAGUUCUGUCCUUUAUACUAUCUCCUCAAUGCCAUUCCCACGAAGAUCCAGAAGGGUUUCCGUUCUCUUGUGGUCUACCUCACAGCCCUGGAUACCAACGAGGACUACAUUGCGGUGGGCAGUAGCAUUGGCAUGCUUUAUCUAUACUGCCGGCACCUCAACCAGAUGAAAAAGUACAACUUUGAGGGGAAGACGGAGUCUAUCACCGUGGUGAAGCUGCUGAGCUGCUUUGAUGACCUGGUGGCAGCGGGCACUGCCUCAGGGAGGGUGGCAAUUUUUCAACUGGUGUCUUCCUUGCCAGGGAGAAAUAAACAACUUCGGAGAUUUGAUGUCACUGGUUUUCACAAGCAUAGCAUUACGGCUCUGGCUUGGAGCCCCAACGGAAUGAAGUUAUUCUCAGGAGAUGACAAAGGGAAAAUCAUCUAUUCUUCUCUGGACCUAGACCAGGGCAUCUGCAACUCACACUUGGUGUUAGAAGAGCCGUCCUCCAUUGUGCAGCUGGAUUAUAGCCAGAAGGUAUUGCUCAUCUCUACCUUGCAGAGAAGUCUACUCUUCUACACAGAGGAAAAGUCUGUCAAGCAGAUUGGAACUCAACCAAGAAAAAGUACUGGGAAAUUUGGUGCUUGUUUUAUACCAGGGCUGUGUAAGCAAAGUGAUCUAACCUUGUAUGCGUCCCGGCCUGGACUCCGCCUGUGGAAGGCUGAUGUCUAUGGCACUGUCCAAGCCACAUUUAUCUUAAAGGAUGUCUUUGCUGGAGGAAUCACACCUUUUGAGCUCUACCCGAGGCUGGAAUCCUCCGACAGUGGGAGUUGCGGCUCACCUGAGAAACACCUGGGGCUCGUCUCAUGUUUCUUUCGAGAAGGCUGGGUGUUGAGUUGGAAUGAGUACAGUAUCUAUCUUCUGGACACCGUCAACCAGGCUACAAUUGCUGGUUUGGAAGGAUCCGGUGAUAUUGUAUCUGUUUCCUGCACAGAAAAUGAAAUCUUUUUCUUAAAGGGAGACAGGAACAUUAUAAGAAUUUCGAGCAGGCCUGAAGGACUAGCAUCGAUAGUGAGAGAUGGUCUGGAGAUGUCACGAUGUUCAGAACAAGCACACAUGCAGCGUCUGGAGAAGCCACUGGGAACUGCAGUGUCUGAGACAAGACUCCGAGGUUCUUCUUUGGCAAGCUCUGUGGUCAGUGAGCCCCGGAGCAGGAGCAGUUCACUCAACUCCACAGACAGCGGUUCAGGGCUGCUGCCACCUGGCCUUCAGCCAGGCCCCGAGCUGGGCAAAGGCAGCCAGCCCUCCUCCCAGAGGUUCAGUGUCAUCAGCUCAGAAGAUUUUGACCAGGAACUUGUUGUGAAACCUAUCAAAGUGAAGAAGAAAAAGAAGAGAAGGACAGAAAGUGGAAACAAGAACACCUGUCACAGUUCCUUGGACUCGACCCCGUGCUCCGAAUUUCCUGCUGACAGCCCACAGUCCUUGCACACAGACCUGCUGUCCAUGGCCUCCAGUGUCCUGGGCAGCAGCCUGGAUCAGCUGAGCACAGAGUCUCCCGACCCGGAAAGCACCUUCAGUGGUGAGGUGAAUGGUGUCUCGCAGGAAAAUAAUGACCCUGAGGCUUUCAGCGUCCUGGAGGUGCCAGGAUGUGCCCCUGCUGCACUGCAGGAAGAGAACAACACUAGAACGGACACUGUACAGCACCUUCACACGUGCGAAGUGGAGCCGCCCUCAUCCUCACUCCCGAGGGAAGGUGUGGCUGCAGGUGACGUCACAAGACUGGAAGAGGAUCCUGGUCCUACCGAUGACACAGCAGACCACUUACUGGUGCCCUUCGGAGACCCAAACAGCUCUGCCGAAGCGCAUGAGGUCGAGAAGGGGGAGCCCAGUGAACUCCAGAGCACUUCCGAGGGCCCCCUCCUGGACUUGUGUAUGGUGCCUUCUUGCCUCAGCUGGCUUCCAACUGCUGAGCAGUGGCCGCCUGGGGCCCCCGCCAAUGGUGGCAGCACUGAGGAGGCAAACCAAGACCAGGACGCCAUGGCCCAGAUGGAUGCCCCUGACCUCCUCGGCUCAAACUCCUGGCAUGCGCUCCCUGACAACAAAGACACAGGCCAGAAAGCACCAUUGGCUCUGGAAUGUGAAGUGGUGGGGAGUCAGCUGACCCCUCUGACUUCUGCCUUGGUGGCCAGCACCCAUGAGCCUUGGCUGGAGCAGCCUUCCCAGGACCAGGCCUUGGCGUCCAGUGAUGAUGAAGACAUCUAUGCUCAGGGGCUCCCAUCUUCAUCCUCAGAGACAAGCGUGGCAGAGCUUGGAACUAGUCACGCUCUGCAGGAUCUGGGUCAGCCCGGUGCUGACGACACUGCUCUGCUCAAGUCAGACCAGUUUGCAGAGAGCUGGAUGGGCUACUCGGGUCCUGGCUAUGGCAUACUCAGCUUGGCGGUGUCUGAGAAGUAUAUUUGGUGCCUGGACUACAAAGGUGGCCUGUUCUGCAGUGCACUGCCUGGCGCUGGGCUACGCUGGCAGAAGUUUGAAGAUGCUGUCCAGCAGGUGGCGGUCUCCCCUUCAGGAGCUCUUCUCUGGAAGAUUGAACAGAAAUCGAACCGUGCCUUCGCCUGUGGAAAAGUCACCAUCAAGGGGAAGCGGCAUUGGUAUGAAGCGCUGCCUCAGGCAGUAUUCGUGGCCUUGAGUGACGACACAGCCUGGAUCGUCAGGACCAAUGGAGACCUGUACCUGCAGACAGGUCUCAGUGUGGAUCGCCCCUGUGCCCGAGCUGUGAAAGUGGACUGUCCGUACCCGCUCUCCCAGAUCACCGCCCGCAACAGCGUGGUGUGGGCCCUGACAGAGCAGAGGGCCCUCCUGUAUCGAGAGGGUGUGAGCAGCUUCUGUCCCGAGGGGGAGCAGUGGAAGUGUGACAUCGCCAGUGAAAGGCAAGCUUUGGAGCCUGUCUGCAUUACUCUUGGGGACCAGCACACUCUCUGGGCCCUGGACAUCCAUGGUAAGCUGUGGUUCAGAACUGGAGUGGUUCCAAAGAAGCCCCAAGGGGACGAUGACCACUGGUGGCAGGUGAGCAUCACAGACUAUGUGGUGUUCGACCAGUGCAGCUUAUUCCAGACCAUUAUCCAUGCCACACACUCCGUGGCCACCGCGGCCCAAGUGCCUGUGGAAAAAGUAGCAGAUAAACUGCGCAUGGCAUUCUGGUCUCAGCAGCUUCAGUGCCAGCCCAGCCUGCUGGGGGUCAACAACAGUGGUGUCUGGAUCUCCUCAGGCAAGAAUGAAUUCCAUGUUGCCAGAGGAAGCCUUGUAGGUACUUACUGGGAAAAUGUUGUUCCCCGGGGGACAGCUUCUGCAACAAAAUGGGCCUUCAUCUUGGCUUCUACUGCGCCCACCAAGGAUGGAAGCUCCUUGUGGCUAUGCCAGAGCAGCAAGGAGCUGUGCAGCGUCAGCGCCCAGAGCCCGCAGCGCCGCCCCUCCACAGUGCCGCUGCCCCCCGAUGCGGAGAUGAGGGCCUACGCCGCCUGCCAGGACGCGCUGUGGGCCUUGGAUCGCCUUGGCCAGGUGUUCAUCAGGACGCUGUCUAAGAGCUGCCCUACAGGCAUGCACUGGACGAAGCUGGACCUUUCCCAACUAGGAGCCGUAAAAUUGAUAAGCUUGGCAUGUGGAAACCAGCACAUCUGGGCGUGUGACUCCAGGGGUGGAGUUUACUUCCGUGUGGGAACCCAGCCCCUGAACCCCAGCCUGAUGCUUCCAGCCUGGAUCAUGAUCGAGCCGCCUGUCCAGCCCGCCGGGGUCACCUUGGUCAGUGUCCACUGCAGCCCCAACGACCAGAUGCUGUGGGCACUGGACAGCCGGUGGAACGUGCACGUCCGGACGGGGGUCACCGAGGAGAUGCCCGUGGGGACCGACUGGGAGCACGUGCCAGGGCUGCAGGCCUGCCAGCUGGCCCUGAGCGCCCGGACGGUGUGGGCCCGGUGCCCGAAUGGCGACCUCGCCCGCCGCUACGGCAUCACAGACAAAAACCCCGCGGGGGACUACUGGAAGAAGAUCCCCGGAUGCGUGUCCUGCGUCACAGUGACCCCCUCGGAUGAGCUGUGGGCGGUGGGCCCCCCCGGCCACCUCCUCCAGAGGCUCACCAAGACGUUCAGCCACGCGCACGGCGCCCAGAAGAGCAGCCAGGCGGCCGCCCCGCACCCCGAGGACCUGGAGGACGAGUGGGAGGUCAUCUGAGGGCGUCCGGGCCGCGCCUGGACGGGGAAGCCAGGGCUCGCGGACGCGCCCCGUCGGAACCCUACCCGGAUGCGGCCAGGCGGGACCCCGACACCGCUUUCAUCCACACUCACUCCUGCCACACCAGAUCCGACCCACGGCCUCGCGCACGCGCCCCGCGCUGCUGCCCGCCAUGUGCUCCGCACCCACGCCGAGCCAGGAGCCAGCACGGGCAGCGCAGCCCCCCGACAGAUGUGUCCCCAGAAGUAACCCAGGCCCACAGCCGCAGGUCAUUGCCACCAGCAGGUGUGCUGUGACAGUCCCCACGUCAGGACGAGGUGCUCUGGCGUGCGCCCGUGUUGGAGCGGGCACCGUCGCGUGCACUGGCACACGCACACACCCGGCGUAGAGGCCGGCGGGGCCGGGAGCCAGCGGGGGAGCCGACGGGAGCGCGUGAGCGAUGUCAGCAGCGCGGCGGCCACGUCCUCAGAGGACGGCCCUGACCGCUGCCUUUCUGUUUGGUGUACUGCAAACCUACAUGAGAUACCUCACUCGAAUCAAAUCGUACAAACGUAGAAGAGACGCGGGCGGCGGGCCCUCGGUCCUUCCAGCGGGUGUCCCCCCCACGUCCUCUCCCUGGAGUGUGGGUGGGGCCUCGGUGGUGGGGCGGACACCCAGCAGGUGGAGCUCGAGUCUGCCGUCAGCGCAGCCGGCCAUCACACCGUGGUCAUGGGGACCGGCCCGCGCCCCCACCCCCCUGGGGCAGCUGAGCCUCAGGACCGGGCCGUGUCCCUGCCUGGGCCCGCGCCCCGGGAUGGCCGCUUGGCCCACCCGCCUGCCCGCGGCCGGGCCGUCCUGCGAUGCCUGUGCGUCGGGCCCCCAAGCCCAGCCGAGGGAUGCCAGCCAUGAGGAGGGAGGCUUCCGGGGCUCCACGAGGACCAGCUGCUGAACCCCUGACCUUCCCACUUUUAUAGCGUCCUUUUGUAAGAGCUGGGUGGCAGCGGAGGCGGCCCGGCUGGCCUCGCCUCUUCUGCAGGUGCCGUGCCUUGUCCGCUCCUAGACAGCAGCGCUCUUUAGCCUGCGGGACGACAGUGCAAUGAAACCCAAGCCUAGUGGAGACCUGCAAACUAGACCUCGCUCCAGUGCUUUGUAGGAUUUGCCUUCUGGUUUCAAUUCCUAGUUGUGCUUUGAGACUGUGCAAUAAACUAGGCUUUUGCAAACCUGGCGAGUCGAUGUUUGAGCUAGCUGGUGCCUCGCGGAGCCCCAGAGCUGUGC